AGAAAGAGAGAUUAUCCGGUCACAAUCUGAAAGCGCCGUCGAAGUUCCAAACAUGGGUGGCGUUUCAUCUCUUGUUAGAAGAUGGAUGGAUUUCGCCGGUUCUCAUAUUAAUUCCUUUUCAUCAACCGCCGGCAGCCCUUUACCGCCGCGGCCGGUAUCGGAAGCGGGGACGUCGGAGUUCGGGGAAGAUAAAUUUGAAACAGGGUUAGUGAUUGAUUCUUUAACAGAUUGGGAAGUUGACGGCGUUGAUAACGUCGCCGGAAAUGGGUCGAAUUCCGGCGAGAUGGAAAGGCCUAGUGUGGCGGAUGUGAUUAAGAAAUUGACGACGGAGAAUCAAAUGCAGGGUUCUUUAAUGAGUUGGAAGAAUGAUCACGAUAAUGCUGCCGCCGCCGCCGGAGCCGGCGACGGAUCUUUGGGUAGAAUUCAAAUUCCGGCGGCGAACAGGGGAAAGUGGCAAUCGGCGGCGUCUUUGGUUUUGCCGAGAAUUAGAGGACGACAAGCGUUGGCCGAUUUAUUAAUGCGAAUGGAAAAAGAAAGGGAAAAAGAGGUUAAUGGGUUAUUGGAACGUCGGGCUGUUUCGAAAUUCAUUCAUAGAGGCCGAAUUCAGGCAAUGCUUCGUUUGAGAUACAUGCGGCGAGGAAUAGAGAAGGAAGGAUACAGCGAUUAUUAUCAUCGUCAACAACAAGAACGCCAAUCGCGAUCCGUAGAAACAGCACUUGGCGUCGUCAAUCGGAAAAAGUUGUUGUUAAUUUCCGGCACGUCCUCCGGCGAGAGGAUUCCCAGGCCACGAAAGCCCGACGACGACAACCGACGGAAGCAAACCCAUUCGGAUUCAGAUUCGGCGGAGCAACGGACCGACGGUACCGAACUAUUGGUAACAGAAUGUUGCAAUUCGAAAGAGGAUCAACGACGUUCUUUGUUAGAAGAGAAAGCUACAACCGAUUCGGAACAAUCUAAGGAAUUAGAAUGUUCAACCUCCUCCGUAGUUGUCCUGAGGGAAAGAUUCAACGCCGGAGCAGCCGAGAUCAGCUGUGAUGCUGUAAAUUUGAAAUGGACUCGAAGAGACGUGGCAUGUUGUAGUAGUAGUAGUGCAGGAAGUUGUUCCAACUCGGAUCUACUCAAAGAGAAGACAGAGCCAUUGCCAUUGUCGUUGCCAUUGACAGGGGACGAGAAUCAAAGUACAUCUUCAAAUAACGCAGAGAAUGCUCCUUCCUCUGAAUCGCCAUGUCCUACUACUGAAACAACCAUAAAUGAACAUGAAACAGCAACGCAGGAAGAAGAGAUCAAUGUCCAAGAAGAACUUACAGUAUCCAAUCAUGAAUCGAGUGCUGAUGAGAUUCCUCAACAGAUUGGUUUUGAAAGCGGAGAAAACGCUGAUGGAGAUUCCAUGAGUCAGCAGCAAGGUUCAUGGGGUUAUGAUAACGAGGAUGAUCAAUAUAAUGGAGGUGAUGAAUCUGAUUAUGACCAGCUGGGGGAUAACACCGAUUGGAUAUUGGAGAUUUCUCGACCGAGGAGCGAUUGGGAAGAUCUACGACAAGAAAGAUAUCAAGAGAUGCUCGAUCCUUUCCAGCACAAGCAAGACAUAAGGGAACUACUUCAAAGGGGAAGCGUAUCCAGCUUUCUUUCGAGUGGCUUAAGACAAACAAUUGACAGUUUGAUGAUGUCUCGCACACAAACACAGCCAAAUUCAGCGAGAGAAAGAAGGGAGCGAUCAGUAAUAUCUCUUUCGCCUCAAAGGGAACCACUUCCAUUAGACAAUCAACAAGAAGAACAAGAAGUAGGAUUGGAGAUGGACGAUGUAUUUGUAGAAGAUGCAGUAGUAGAACAAAUCGAAGAAGAAGAAGAAGCUAAUCUAAUCCAUUGGCAAUCUGAUGAAGUCGAAUGGGAGACUAAUAACAACCCCCCUGAUCACAACGAAAGCAGUCCCCAACAAGAAUCUUCACAUUUUCAGUCCUCUGCGAAUACCAUUCGAUGUUCAAUAGAAUUGGAUUUCUUAAAUGAUUUGAAAGGAAAUAUAGGCCAACUUCAAGAAGAAAUGUCGGAACUUAGAAGAUACUUGAAAUUAUGCAUCAGCAUGCAAGAAAAACUGCAACAUUCACUUAAGCACGAUAUAGCAGCUGCUGUUAAACAUGAAGUUACUACAGUCAUGGUUAAAGCAGCUGAAAAGGAGGAACCAUUGAAAGGUUUGAAAGGAAAUUGUUGCAUUUGCUAUGAAAUGAAAGUUGAUUCACUUCUUUACAGAUGUGGGCAUAUGUGCACAUGUUUCAACUGCGCUCAUGAACUGCAAAGAAGUAGCGGUAGAUGUCCAAUUUGUCGAUCCCCUAUUAUCGAUAUCGUAAGACCAUUCAUCGAUUCGUAAGCUACUUGACUGUCAUGUAUACACAAAAACAUCAGUUUAACAGAUCAAAAUCUAAUCAUAAUGAACAUCUUUUCUAUUUUUUCUGUUUUAUACUUCUUACAGUUUUAUUUCUUGUAUUAAUGUUAGCAAAAUAUAUUAUUCUAAUUUAUAACAUGUUCA